GCAGUCAAAUAACAUUCCUCCAACAAUUGACCGAUAAUAUAGUCCCACAUUACAAUGAAUAAUUUAAAUGUCAAUUUUUCGUAAAAUUUGCAUUUAAAAAUUACCAAACUAUUCCACUUACAGCAUCACGUUUGAGUGCAUUAGAGAACGAUGUUUGGUUGAGAUGACGAGAAAGAGGUUCAGGUCCAUGCGGAGGGCUAUUUGAAAGAGUCCAUUUUAUCCGGCUUCCGCCCUUUCUCUUCCUCUCCCUCCGCGCUAAGAUUCGCCAUGUCUUCUCACCUGCAGUGGAUGGUUAUUCGUAACUGCUCCAGCUUCCUCAUCAAGAGGAACGGACAGACCUACAGCACCGAGCCAAACAACCUGAAGUCCAAGAACUCGUUCCGCUUCAAUGGCCUGGUGCACAGGAAGACUGUGGGUGUGCAGCCCGCUGCUGACGGCAAAGGAAUCAUGGUUGUCCUGAAGAAGCGUGCAGGUCAACGCAAGCCUGUCAGCACAUACGAGAAGAUCACCAUUAACAAGAACUCCCGCGCCACCCUGAGCAGUGUCAGGCACAUCAUCGGCAAGAACAACUACAGGAGAGACCUUCGCAUGGCGGCUCUGCGUCGUGCCAGUGCCAUCCUGAAGAGCCAGAAGCCUGUGGUGAUCAGGAAGAAGCGCACCAGGGCUGCCAAGACCGCAUAAAUGUCGUAAUUCUGAAAUAAAACAUUUUGAAAACA